AUGGCCAUCCCCGAGAAAGCGGUUUUGCUGGAAAGCAGCGACGAAGAGCGACAGUUAAAUCGCCCCGUCUCCAGACGUAUCAUCUUCCACAAUCCUCUCCGUUGGGGUUUGAUCCUCGUCGCCCUCGUGGCCGGGAGCUGGUUGUUUGCGCCGCACUGUCACCAUUCCCAUGCGGUUAGCAUCGAGGAUCGAGUGCAGCGUAUCCUGUCUAAGACUCCCUUGAUCGAUGGCCAUGAUGACCUCCCCAUCCUUCUGCGAGAAUUGUUCCAUAACCACAUCUACGGCUCGAAUUUCACAAAGCUCUUUGUUAAUGGUACCUUGCCAUACCAUGUGGAUAUCCCUCGACUGAAGCAGGGCCGGGCUGGCGGUACUUUCUGGAGUGUCUUUGUGCCCUGCCCUAAGGACGGGUCCAACUUUUCAGACGAGAACUAUGCGGGAAGUGUGCGAGAGACGAUGCAACAAGUGGAUGUCAUGUCGCGCAUCCAGCGGGCCUACCCUGAAGUCUUUUCGACUCCGCCCAACGGCACGACGGCCUUGAACGCUUUCCACCAAGGGAAGAUCAUUUCGCCCCUUGGUAUCGAGGGACUGCAUUCUAUUGGAAACUCCUUGGCACAUUUGCGGAUUUUCUAUGAGCUGGGGGUGUCCUAUGCGACCCUCACGCACAAUUGCCAUAACCGAUACGCUGACGCUGCCGUUGUUGACCUCCCGAGCGGUGGCUCCCGAAAGUCGGAUCCCCUAUGGCACGGUGUCAGUGAAGCAGGCCAGCAGUUGGUUGGGGAGAUGAAUCGACUGGGGAUGAUUGUCGACCUGGCCCAUGUGAGCGUGGAUACGAUGCGUGAUGUGCUGGGCGCCGGUAAAACCGAGUGGACUGGGAGCCGUGCCCCGGUGAUCUUCAGCCACAGCUCCGCGUAUGCGCUCUGCCCGCAUCCCCGGAAUGUGCCUGAUGAUGUACUGGAAUUGGCACGACAACGAAAGUCAUUGGUGAUGGUCAACUUCUCACCCGGUUUUAUCUCAUGCACCGCUUCCGGUCGCGCCAAUGGACUGCCAGACGAGGACCCGACCCAUGCAACCCUUGAACGAGUCGCGGAGCACAUCAUGUACAUUGGGAACUUGGUGGGCUUCGACUAUGUGGGACUGGGAAGUGACUUUGACGGCAUUCCGACGGUGCCCCGGGGGUUGGAAGACGUGUCCAAGUUCCCCGCGCUGAUUGCCGAGCUGCUGCGACGAGGAGUCAGUGACGAGGAUGCGGGCAAGGUGGCCGGGGGCAAUCUGCUACGGGUGUGGAAGGAGGUCGAUCGUAUUGCGCUGCAAAUGCAGGCGGAGGGAACGCUGCCCGCAGAGGAUUGA